CUAAAUCAAUGCUAAAAGCGACCAUUAAGGAAUGGACUUCCAACACUUGCAAAGCUACGCACGUUUACUCAAUUCCUUAAACUCCCCAAACUGCGUCAGACAAGGGAAGCAACUCCACCUUCUUUUCCUCAAAAAUGGCGUCCUGUUUUCCACUCUCAGCAUCGCCAACCGCCUCCUUCAAAUGUACGCUAGGUGCGGGAGAAUGGACGACGCCCGGAACCUGUUCGAGGAAAUGCCGCAAAGGAAUUGUUUCACUUGGAACACUCUUCUCGAAGGGUAUGCUAAGUCAGGGCACAAGACUCAUAUGCUGGACCUCUUCCACUCAAUGCCCCAGAAAAAUGACUUCUCUUGGAACGCGAUCCUAUCGGGGUUGGCGAGAGCGGGCGAGCUGGAUGCUGCAAGGCGGUUGUUGAACGAGAUGCCUAGGAAGAACGGGAUUGCGUGGAGCACGAUGAUUCAUGGGUGCGUGCGAAAUGGGAGGCCGGGGAUGGCUCUGGUGUUGUUUAAGGAGUUCUUGAAGUGGGAAGCCGUUGAGAGUGGCGGGGUGCUGAGGUGGGACCCGGUUGUUUUGGCGACGGUGGUUGGGGCUUGUUUGGAGUUCGGGAGUCUUGAUUUGGGGAAGCAGGUUCAUGCUAGGAUGGUCGUUGAUGGUGUGGAGUUUGAUGCAGUUUUGGGGAGUUCACUUGUUAACAUGUAUGGGAAAUGCUGUGAUUUGGAUAGUGCUGACAGGCUUUUGAAUGCGAUGGAUGAUGCAGAUGAUUACUCCUUGUCAUCAUUGAUUUCAUGCUAUGCAAACUGUGGUAGGAUGGAGGAUGCAAGAAGGACUUUUGAACUCAAAUCUAACCCUUGUGUCAUUGUGUGGAAUUCUGUAAUAUCAGGAUAUGUUGCUAACCGUGAUGCGGAGGGAGCCUUGGUAUAUUUUGGUAAGAUGCGUAAGCAAGGGGUUGUUGGAGAUUAUUCUACAUUUUCUAGUGUUCUGAGUGCCUGCAGUAGUGUAGGUGUUCCUAGAAAUUGCAUUCAACUGCAUGCGCAGGCUCAUAAGUUGGGGAUUGUUUAUGACCUUGUUGUUGCCAGCGCCCUGAUUGAUGCGUAUGCCAAGUGUAGGAGUCUUGAUGAGUCUUGCAAAUUCUUUGGUGAGCUCAAAGCUUAUGAUACUGUUUUGCUGAAUUCUAUGAUCACCAUUUACUGCAACUUUGGUAGAAUGGAAGAAGCGAAAAGCAUUUUUAAUGACAUGAAAUUUAAAAGUUUGAUCUCAUGGAAUUCAAUGCUAGUAGGUCUGAGUCAGAAUGGCUACCCUGUUGAAGCAUUAGAAAUCUUCUGUACAAUGAAUAACAUUGACUUAAGCAUGGACAAAUUUACUCUAUCUAGUGCCAUUAGUGCUUGUGCCAGCAUUACAUGGCUGGAACUUGGUGAACAGAUUUUUGCUAGAGCUACUGUAAUUGGUGUGGAUUUUGAUCAGAUCAUAAUGACAUCCCUUAUAGACUUCUAUUGUAAGUGUGGUUUUGUUGAGGUUGGUCGCAAACUGUUUGACCAAAUGACAAAAUCUGAUGAGGCUUCUUGGAAUUCAAUGUUGAUGGGUUAUGCUACCAAUGGAUACGGAAUUGAAGCUUUGUCUCUGUUUGAGGAGAUGAGAAGUGACGGUGUUAGACCCUCUGAAGUAACAUUUACUGCAGUUUUAUCUGCUUGCGAUCAUUCUGGACUAGUAGAAGAAGGCAAAAAAUGGUUCUACUUAAUGAAGCAUCACUAUCAUAUUGAUCCUGGUAUUGAACAUUACUCUUGCGUGAUAGACCUUUUUGCAAGAGUAGGUUGUAUUCAAGAAGCCAUUGAUCUCAUUAAUAAAAUACCUCAUCUCUCUGAUGCUAGCAUGUGGUCAGCAAUUCUCAGAGGUUGCAUAGAAAGUGGAGACAAGCCACUUGUUAAGAGGGUGGUUGAGAAAAUUAUCGAACUUGAUCCUCAAAACUCUGGUGCUCUUGUACAGUUAUCGGGUCUAAUGGCCUCCACUGGAGAUUGGAAUCAGUCAGCGCUCGUGAGACAGUUGAUGAGAGAUAUGAGAAUCCAAAAGAAUCCUGGCAGAAGCUGGUGUAAUAGUCGAGUGAGACAAAUGUAGAUUCAUUUCUUUAGGUGAGAGGCUUGUUUCCUGCAUUUUUGCUCUAAAUGGAAUGACAGUGAACUUAUACAGUAGCGCAAGCUAUCUCUGCUUAUUUUGUAGUGUAUUUGAUGCCUUUAAAGCUCCAAAAUGUGUUCAAUCUUUUUGCUUCUACGGUGAAGUUGUUCGUUUCACCUCAACUAAGUGCCUGCUUCCAUAUAGUUGGAUUUGCCAUGUCAGAAGAAAUGGAGCUAUUGGUUUGGGAGAUGCUCGUUUGGAUUGGAGAGAGAAACAACAGCCCUGGACCUCUUUCAUUCUGGCAGGGGAUAUACCGACUAGAGAAAGAAACCAUGUUCAAACUCAACGAUGCAUUUCGUGGGAAAGAAAGCAUUCAGAAUUCUGAUCAAGGUAAGUUUAGACACCAGAUUUGUGACCUUCAUUCUUCCUGGAUAUAUUUAUGUCCCAUUUACAUUAUUUUCUUUUGCGGUGACACUCAUCCAACCCAACCUAAUUCAAUUUUUUAAUAACAGAUAUGUCCAUUCCUCUUUCAUC